AUGCCGUCCGAAAAGCGUCACUCUUGGUUCAAAAAGCUUCAAAGCUUCAAAACCGACUAUGCGCCUUGCACUAUUACCCAAUAUGUCUCUGAAAGAAGUGGCAUGCAAGUUGUCGUUGCCGACCGUCAAGGGCCUAAGGUCAACGGCUACUUUACUCUAGCCACCGAGAUUCUCGACGAUUCCGGUGCACCCCAUACUCUGGAACACCUCAUUUUCCUUGGCUCCAAGAGCUAUCCUUACAAGGGGCUUUUGGACAAGCUGUCGUCGCGCGCAUACUCUGGCACCAACGCUUGGACUGCCACCGACCACACUGCCUAUACCCUUGAGACUGCAGGCUGGGAAGGAUUCUCGCAGAUCCUUCCUCUCUAUCUUGAACACGUCCUGCUUCCCACCCUCACGGACGAGGGUGUCGUGACAGAGGUGUGGCAUAUUGAUGGUGAGGGCAAUGACGCCGGUGUUGUUUACUCGGAGAUGCAGAGCGUCGAGAACAAUGGCCCCGAAAUCAUGGACAUCAAGGCUCGCCGGCUUCUUUACAACAAGAAAAUUGGCUUCCGAUACGAGACUGGCGGUAUGCCUGGUGCCUUGCGCGUCCUCACUGCCGACCGGAUCCGCGAAUUCCACAAGGAAAUGUACCAGCCCCGUAACCUUUGUGUUGUCAUUGUUGGCGAGACGGACCACAGCGACCUUCUGCAAAAGCUGGAUGAUUUUGAAGACAGUAUCGCUUCUGACGUCCCCGCUCUUAACACUCCAUUCAAAAGGCAAGUGAAAUACCCUUAUCCUUUCACACCCGCCCGUGGCAUACUAACCCACCACAGACCUUGGAUGGAGUCGGAGCAGCCUGAAGCCUUGACUGAGACCAUUGUGACUACCGCUGAAUUCCCAGACGACGAUGAAUCUAUUGGUGAAAUUCUGGUCGGCUUCUUUGGCCCCAACUGCGUUGACCUCAUCAACACGUCUGCCCUCAACGUUGUUCUGACCUAUCUCUGCGGCUCCUCCGUCUCCGUACUAGAGAACAUCAUGGUAGAAAAGGAAGAGUUGGCUAGCUCCGUUUCCCACUGGUGGGACUCUCGUCCAAACUCCGUCAUCUGGCUGCAACCAACAGGCGUUGCGGCAGACAAGCUGGAGUCUGUGGAGAAGCGCCUAUUCGAGAUUCUGAAAGAGGUCGUCUCCAAGCCUCUGGACAUGGGCUACAUGUCCGAAUGCAUCAAGAGAGAGAAGCGACAGGUUAAAUACCAUGCCGAAAACUCGGAGUCAUUCUUCUCUACCAACAUCAUUACGGACUACCUCUUCGGUAAGCGCGACGGCUCUACCCUCAGAGAUCUCGAGACCUUGCACGAAUACACCGCCCUGGAGAAAUGGACAGGCCAGGAAUGGCGCAGCUUCAUCCGCAAGUGGUUCAUUGACGCUCACCACAUCUCCAUCCUGGGGAAACCUUCCAUCAAGCUCGCCGAGAAGGCAAAGAAGACUGAGGAGGAGCGUGUUGCAAAGCGCAAAGAGGAGCUCGGUAAAGAAGGACUGGAGAAGCUUGCCAAGAAACUCAAAGAUGCCCAGGAGAAGAACGAUCAGCCUAUCCCCGCCGAGGUCUUGGACCGGUUUGAGGUCCCCGGAACUGAGUCCAUACACUUCAUUGAGUCCGACACAGCUCGUUCUGGAAAGGCCAAGGCCGUCGGUCCAGGCACAGGCACCGCCCAGGGCAUCAUCGACGCGGCUGCAGUUAGCAAGCUGCCGCUGUUCAUCCAGUUUGAGGAUGUGCCGACAAACUUUGUCCACAUUACCAUUCACCUUGGCACCUCAAAGGUACCGGUUGAGCUCAAGCCGCUGAUGCCCAUCUUCUCAGACAACUUCUUCAACACUCACAUCAUGCGUGAUGGCAAGCUCGUCAACUUUGAGCAGGUCGUUAUGGAGCUCGAGCGGGACAGCGUCGGCUACGGUCUUGGAUCCGCACGCUUACUGGGCGACCCCGAAGGCAUUGCGAUUCAGUUCCAGAUUGAGCCGGACAAGUACGCGGCUGCGGUGGAGUGGAUACGGACCAUGAUGUUCGACUCGGUCUUUGAUCCGCAGCGGCUCAAGGCCGCCGUCUCCAAGGCUCUUGCCGACAUCCCGGAAGCCAAGCGCAACGGCCAGGGAAUGGCGGCAGAGAUCGACGCAGCCAUCCACCUGGACCGCUCAAGCGUCACCGUCGCCAAACGCAUCCUUGUACGCGCCGUCUACCUGAAGCGCCUCAAGAAGCUUCUCAACAGCGACCCGGAGAAGGUCGUGUCGUGGUUUAACACGAUCCGUACCUCGCUCUUCACCUUUGAGAACCUCCGAUUCCUCGUCGCCGCGCGCAUCUCCACGCUGCCCGACCCCAUCGCGACCUGGGACCCGCUCGCCGCCGCCCUCGGCAGCGAAGCGAAAGAGAUGAUUCCUGUGCCGGCGCUGUCGGCGCUGCUCAACGACGAGGGCCGCGCGCCCGGCUCCGUCGGCGCCACCAUUGUGCCUUUGGCCUCCCUCGACGGCUCCUUCAGCGUCAGCACCGCCGCCGGCCUGUCCUCGUACGCCGACCCGCGCCUGGCCGCCGUCAUGGUGGCCAUCAGCUACCUCGAGCAGGUCGAGGGCCCGCUGUGGGUGGCGGUCCGCGGCGCGGGCUACGCGUACGGCACGCACUUCUCGCGCGGCGUCGACGCCGGCGUGCUCUGCUACCGCGUGUACCGCUCGCCCGACGCCGCCAAGGCCAUCGCCGCGUCGCGCGAGGCCAUCCGCCGCAUCGCCGAAGGCGACGUGGCCAUCGACAAGCACCUGCUCGAGGGCAGCGUCUCCCAGAUCGUCGUCACCUUCGCCGACGAGCAGUCGACCAUGCCGAGCGCCGCGCAGCAGAACUACGUGCAGGGCAUCGUGCGCGGGCUGCCGCGGGACUGGAGCAAGACGGUGCUGCGACGCGUGCGCGCCGUCACCGAGGAGCAGAUCAGGGCGGUCAUGACGGAGAUCAUCCUGCCGUGCUUCGCGCCCGGCAAGAGCAACGUGACCAUUACGUGCGCCAAGAUUAUGACUGAGAACAUGGAGGCGUCCAUCAAGGCCAUGGGAUACAAGGUGCAGACGCGCGAGCUCAGCGACUUUCACGACGAUUACGGGCUAGAGGCGCCAGAAGGUGAUGACGACGAGGAGGAUGACGAGGAUGACGACGAGGAAGAUGAUGAGGAUGAGGAUGACGACGACGACGACGACGACGAUGAGUCGGAGGAGGAUUAG